UUUAAUAUCCAUUUCAAUUGAUUCUCAAAUCAGAAGAUGACACAGGAUCUUCGAAUUAGCGACUUAAAAGUUAGAAGUAUACACUCUUCGCAAGAAAAGUUUCCAUUUAUCAUUUGCGACUUCAGAAUGGGAUGAAAUACAUGAGGUCGAGGAAAUUGCACCAAAGAAACGAGGUGCUUGGAGGUUUUCCUGAGUUUGGUGCAAUAUUCAUGUCUAAUAGAAGUACUUUGCAAGAAUGUUUUGAGAAGAGAUUGUUUGGGCUACCUGUUGGUUACUCUGAUUUUGUUCGAAACGUAAAGGAAGGAAUGACUCUGUUCCUCUUUGAAUUUGAAGAGCGAAAACUUUAUGGGAUUUUUGAAGCAACAUCAGAUGGUGGCAUGAAUAUUGUUCCACAGGCGUAUGUUUCAACAGGAAGGUCAUUCCCUGCGCAGGUUAAAUUCAAAAUAAAAUGGCACUGUGAUCCUUUAUCUGAAGAUGAGUUUUAUGGUGCCAUUAAAGAUAAUUACUUUGGUUCCUACAAAUUCAACUUUGGUCUCACUAAGGAGCAGAUUGAGAGCCUUCUGCAGUUGUUCAGUUCAAGAAAGAUUGAAGUCCCAAGAACUCCAUGUCACAAAAAAAGGAAGAAUAAAAAACAGGGUUACAAGUCUAUAAAAGAUGUGGGGAAGAAAGGGAGGUUUGCGGAGGUUGAAAUCUUCAGAAGGAAGCCUGACAAAAUUCAUGGCAGUUCAGAUAUUUCAGAGCUAGACGUGGAAACAUUUUUGGCAUCUAUUGCUUGUGGAAAAUCUGAAGUCACCCAUUCUGAUGAUGCUUAUGAUCCUGAAAAUCCUGGUUUCCAUCAUUCAGUUGUCCCUAAGGAUCUCAAUGCUGCUUUUGGAGAAUCACAUGAGCUGGUUGCCUUGCAAUCAAAGAAAGAAAACUUCAAUUUUUCUGCAGAAGACACCUUGGAAUAUAUACCCUUGUGUUUACCAGAUUCUGCUGAUGAAGAGGGUUUUGAUGUUGGUGAAUGUACAGGAGAAGAGCUAGGUAAAUUUGUUGACAACAAAUUGUCUAUUAUCCCUGUCCCUCAGUUACCACUUGUGUCUAAUCUGAGUGAUGAAGGAUGUAACCAAAAGAAAAUGGAGGAUUCAGUCACUUCUUCAAAUGGAAGUCCAUGCUCUGGAUUAGAUAACUCGUCCUUGGCUGCUAUUUCCUUCUCAGAUGCAGUUGGCUUUCAGUCCAAACCUGGAAGUAAUCGUUGUGAACUACAGCCAGCCAAGUGUUUGUAUUCUGACAACCUGAAAAAGAGAGCCAGUGUGUUUUCCCGGUUAACUUUUCCUUCAAAGAAUCAAAAUGAUCUUAGAAUGAAGUUAGUGGAUCAUAAGUUGAGAGUCAAGCAGCAUAGUUGAGGACAAAUUUCCCAGAAUACAAACAUUAUGAUAAAGUUGACAUACCAGGAAUGUUGGGUUCCUAUUAUAACAGGACGUUUCAAGAAAUCACUGCCAAAUGAUGGGAUUGGAUAGUACAUAGUAGUAUAUUUAGAUUGCUGUUUGGAUUUGGAAACUGCAUGGUUUUGCCAAAAAAAAGCUAAAAAUAGAACCAUUGUUAAUAUACCAUGAUAGAACAGUGAUUCUUGGUCUAAUUUUAAUAGAAGUGAUUUUAGCUUGAAGUGAGGGAAGCCUAGCCCAACCAUUAAUCUAUGAGAAAUCAAUCUCAUUAGUUUCGUUAAUCGUGAGUCACAUGAUCUUAAUGAAGUAACGUCAAGCUUUCUGAUGGAUCUAUGCUUAACGAGUUCAGUCCAGUCUUUUCUUUUCUUUUUUAGUUUUUGUUUUAUUUUUUUAUAGGGAAAUAUUUGGUGUUAAUGAUUUGGAUGAACCGAAGCAAUAUGAAGAGCAACAUCUCAUUCGGCAUAUGACUGUAUUGAGAGGUAAUGUCAUGUAUAUAUGAUUUGGGAUUCAACUAGUCAAAAGUAACAUGGCACUCGAUCA